AUGUAUCGUGGCCGGCGCCCGCGAAGCCCCAGUGAGUCCCGGACAGAAAUAGAGGCCAACACGAAAAGAGAGAGCAGCUCCACUCCUGCAUGGCUGAAUCCACCCAAACGUCAGCGAGGAGAGCAGCAUCCCAUCACAGGUGCAGAAACACCUGCCAUUCAAGGAGCCCCUCACCUGGAUUCAUACAGAGCACUCAGGGCUGUCUUUCCACAGGCACUGGAUGAUUCCAGCACACAGGCUUUCAUUGUGGUCCUGCAGCCAGGGGCAGAGCUGCAGCUGAGCGUGGGAGAAGAAGUCCUCAUCCUGGCCCCACAGACGGCCCUGCAGCUGACCCUGGGCCAUGUGGUUCUAGUGCUGGUCCCUGAGCAUGAGCUGAAAGCGCCUGCCGGUCUGCAGUUUCCUGUGCAGACCCAGUGCAUCUUACCCUGUGUCGCUGACAUCACCUGGGAGAUCCGUGUUCAAGGUGGAGAACCCGAAGCCAGGGCCGCAGAGCAGGUGCCAGUCUGGCCGCAGGCAGAAGAGGCGGAGCUGGCUUCCCCCGCCCACCAGCCCUUGCCGCGGUACCCAGUAAGCCAGGUUGCCGGGAUCAGCCCUUCCCUCCUGAGGACUCCGUUCUACCUCCCUCAUUAUCCAGCACCUGCCCCCCGGUGCUUCCCCCUGCCACCCACUCCUAGUCCAGUGAGACUGUCGGGGCCAGAAGCCCUCAGCUUCCACCUCUGUGGACUGGAACCCAUGCCCGGCUCUGCCCUCCAACCUCUGCCUCCUUCGCCAAGUGUAGGGCCCCAAAUGGUCCACAGGGUCCAUAGCAGGCCUCCUAGCAAAGCCCGGAGGUGUCUCUUCUGA